AUGGCUGAUUAUUUUCGUUCACCUGCUUUCUACUGGUAUUUAAUCAUACUACCAGCACUUGGAAUUAAUUUUCUCGCUUUUUAUUCACCUAAUAUUCUUCGACAGUAUGUUCCUUUAAUCGGACCCAUGGCUGCUUAUAUUGGAACUCACUAUCACUGGAUAACGGUUUACACAAAUGUUUUUGCAUUAGUUGCCCAUGUUGGAGAGAGCCUUUACGCCUUGUAUCUUUGUAAAAAGCUGAAGUUUAGUCUGUCGUGUUCAGCAAAAUGGUUCGUGCAAACCUUCCUUGUAGGAUUUGCAUCACUUGGCAUUUUACGUGAUUUUGCUUCGAAAACUAAAAGAAGACGUUGA